UUUCUCCUCACCUCCCCUGCACUUCCAUGUAAAGAGCCCAGGGAAACAUGCGUGUGGAGCAAACACUCGGACUUCGCCGCGGCUCCUGACUGUCCUGUAACUGUACAUUAUUAUUUUUUUUACCACUCUGCUUUCCGAGCCGCGCUCAAACACAUCGUGCCCGUCAUCUUGUCUACUCGCGAAAGGCAGCAGAUUUCUGCUGAUGCAGUGAUGUCUGGAAAUGUCAAGGGCUCGCUUAUUGCCCCUUAAUGUAUCUCACCCCCCCCUGAAUUGCAGCGCAAGAUUUUCUCCUGCGGUAUACAGUAAGCUGUUCACACCACGGUGCCGCCGCUCCAGCAAUUACUGACGCUGCAGCUUUGCAACCAGCUCUUCUCGCUCCGCUUCCAGCACGAGCUGUCUCCCUUAGACCCGAUUUGCUCUUGUAUCAUCUCGCCUGUAAAGUCAUUUAAAGCUCAUUCUAGGCACUUGCACGGGCGGCAUGAGCGCAGUGAGGAUCCGGGCUGCUUUUUCCCCUGCAGGUGCAAUGUAAAGUUGCCUCAUGACAUUCACCGGCGCCCUGCUGUUGGAGGAUUUUACUCGAGGAUAAGACAAAUUCAGGACCUUUCAAGAACAACUCACGAGGCAGCAGCAACAACAGCAGCAGAUGAACUAAAGAGCGGCAAUGGUCAAGUCGACGAGAGCCGCAGUGGAGCCGCACUGAGGCACAGCAGCCAAGCAGCCCCCUCGUAUCCGGGGACGUCUUCAGCAAUUCAAGGGGCGUGGGAAGCCGGGGAGUGAAACGUUUCCCCUGCUCCUGUAUGCCUGCUCAGUGAGACCAGCCACUUUCCCGACGCAACUUCUCCUCGUCCUCCUCCCAAAAUGACCGUGGUAGCAGGAGAUAACAUGGACGAGACCUCGGCCGUCCCAGGACACCCUCAGGACACCUACCCCCCAGACCACAAUGACCACGAAUGCUGCGAGAGGGUCGUCAUCAACAUAGCCGGCCUCCGCUUUGAGACGCAGCUCAAAACUCUCUCACAGUUUCCCGAGACUCUGCUGGGCAACCCCAAAAAGCGAAUGCGGUACUUUGACCCCCUGAGGAACGAAUACUUCUUCGACAGAAACCGCCCCAGCUUUGACGCCAUCCUCUAUUACUACCAGUCCGGGGGGCGGCUGAGGAGACCGGUCAACGUCCCUUUGGAUAUGUUCUCGGAGGAAAUCAAAUUUUAUGAACUGGGAGUGGAUGCGAUGGAGAAGUUUCGCGAGGACGAGGGUUUCAUCAGGGAGGAGGAGCGGCCUUUGCCCGAGAAGGAGUUCCAGCGGCAGAUCUGGCUCCUCUUUGAGCACCCGGAGAGCUCUGGCACGGCCAGAGGAAUAGCCAUAGUGUCCGUGAUGGUGAUCCUGAUUUCAAUAGUCAUAUUUUGUUUAGAGACUUUACCACAGCUCAAAGGAGAUUCGACGGGUCGCUUUGAAAGAAAGGGGAACGUCACCACGUACUACAAGCCAAAUAUCCUCACUGACCCCUUCUUCGUCAUUGAGACGCUCUGUAUAAUCUGGUUCUCCUUUGAACUGAUAGUCCGUUUCAUGGCGUGUCCAAGCAAACCGGCCUUCUUCAAGAACAUGAUGAACACGAUUGACAUCGUGGCCAUCAUACCUUACUUCAUCACACUCGGCACAGAGUUGGCUGAAGACCCGGAGAACGAGGGGGUGGGCGAGCAGGCAACAUCUCUGGCCAUUCUCAGGGUGAUCCGUCUGGUCAGGGUGUUUCGGAUCUUCAAGCUGUCGCGACACUCCAAAGGACUUCAGAUCUUGGGGCAGACCCUCAAGGCCAGCAUGCGGGAGCUAGGACUGCUGAUCUUCUUCCUCUUCAUCGGAGUCAUCUUGUUCUCCAGCGCUGUCUACUUCGCCGAGGCAGAGGAGCAUGGAUCCUACUUUGGCAGCAUCCCAGACGCGUUUUGGUGGGCUGUCGUAUCCAUGACAACUGUGGGCUAUGGGGACAUGGUUCCGGUCACUAUAGGAGGCAAGAUCGUCGGAUCUCUGUGCGCCAUCGCCGGAGUGUUGACAAUUGCGCUCCCAGUGCCCGUCAUCGUGUCCAACUUCAACUACUUCUACCACAGGGAGACGGAGGGAGAGGAGCAGGCCCAGCUGCUCAACGUGAGCAACCCCAACAUCCCCUCGGAAACCAACUCCAGCCGCCGCAGCUCGUCCACCGUCAGCAAGUCAGAGUACAUGGAGAUCGACGGGGACAUAAACAAUAGCAUCGACAACUUUAGGGAGGCGAACCUCAGAACUGGCAAUUGCACUAUAGCCAAUCAAAACUGUGUAAAUAAAAGCAAGCUGCUCACAGAUGUUUAGGCACUAGUUAGGAACUUUGGGAUACCUGUAGGACUUUCAUAUGUGAAGUAGACCAUCAGUUAGGAAUGCUUCAUCGUACCGCCCCAGAUCACUCAAUGGCAUUAGGCCUACGAAUAUGCUCAGCUAUUUAGAAAGGAAACAGACUAUACAGUAGUUAAUUAAUGAAUUCUUCCGAUCCUACAAAUAUAUACCACAAGGAAAACAGUGAUUAUGUCAACAUGUACGCGGAGCAGCCCCCGUCAACUCAGACAGCGGCGCGACCAUUCAAACCCUAUGCAUGGAGUACAGAUAGCAUUUCAGCAAGUUGCACAAUGCACCAGAAACGUCUGCAGAACCACGCAAGCAUCUGCAGCCGAGUGGUAGUCGCCAAGAAGUGAAGUGACAGGCCCCCUUACCCAUCACGACCACCCCCCACACCCCCAACCCCUCGCUCCUUUGUCCCCACGAAGAAGUUACUAUUCAGCGAAGCACCUUAAGGGAGAAGGACAGAGCCCUCGCGUGUGGAUGUAAUCAGACGGGGAUCCGCUCGCUUCACGGACAUCCGCAAUGCUGCUGUUUUCCAGCAGACGCUGUAAUUGUGAUAUCACCAAGUGAUUCAAUGCCAUGCCCUUUAGACGCAACACAGCACAACGAUAAAGUGAGCUUCACUCGAGCAUGAUAAGAGACUGUCCGUUUUGAUAUCGGCAUGCAUGAGACAUUUGGCACACAAUGGAAAGGAUGUUCUUUUGGAUACCUGCCUCCAUCACCUCCUUCUCAUCACUUUUCAUACAGAGUGCACUGGAUGAGUUUUUUCAUUUUAAAUGCUAAUCAUUUAGGAGUAUAGAAAAUGAAUGUUAAAUGUAAGGGAACAGUACAUAAAACGAGAUCAUAGCAUGAAAAAAGUAACCUGCAUUAUGGUCUGUCGACUAAGGUACUUUUGUAUCCUGGUAUAUUUAAUGCAUGACAUGAGUAUACAGCUUGUUGCAGUUCAGGCACCCUGCAGUGCCCUGAUGUCAGGGGAGCUGAGGAAAUCCGACUCUGGAUGUUUCUGAAUUGCAAUCCAAUAUAUCCAAACCCACCUUGAGGAUGCAGAGUUUCUCAUUUAAAAGUAGACAAAGAAACUGAAUAAUAGUAACAAAAUUGCAUAUAAUUAUAAUAAGCACCAAUUACAGUAUUACAUCAAUAGUGAAGUGCAUGGACAUUCUUUGAACAAGAAAAGUUAACAUGUUAUUAGUCACGCUUCCAUCUCCAUGUCACAUGUCACAUGUCCGUGUCUUCCUUUGGAGUCUGUUCAUGUCACUUCAUGUUACAGAGUCUUCUGACAUUAGUUGCUAGUGCCUUUACCCCUUCCGCCAACAGGACCAGUGAAAGUGCCUCUGUGUACAGUACAGGGGUGUGUGUGAGGUUCAGCUGAGCUGGUUUACCUUCAGUUACAAUGUCGCGUAUGAUGUUAAUGAUUGAAACGGCAGGUGAAGAGAAAAAUCUGCGGCCAGUGUUCAUGCUGUCAUGCACUUAACUCUGCCCUUAAGCAGCAACGCAAUGUACUCUGCAUGUUCCCCGUAGUGAGGGUGAAGGGUUUCACGCGGUUUCUUUGUGUGGGUGGCUUCGUUCCUGCUCCAUGCGUCCUUUCAGGGUCUCUACCUCAGCGAGGUCAUUGCAAACUUGCUGCACAGCCGCAAGCUUCAAUGCAGGGCUUCCGACACCAUAAUGCAAAAUGGAACCUUAAGUGUAAACUGCAAUCGUGCACUUCUGAAUGUGAGCGUCCCAAAUCAUAGCCUUUACCCAAGCACUUAGGACGAUUAAUGUACCACAACCCUGCUCCCCUUUUUGCCACUUAAAGCUGCGCACAAUCAGACCUUUCGUUCGUGUAUGUGAGUGUGUAGACGACAGGACAGGGCCGGUGUCUGGAGCUGCUGUCGUGUCACAGAACUAACCCUGGGUGACUGUGUGUGUGUGCGUGUGUGCGUGUGUGUGUGUUCUUCUGCAAUCCUUGGGCAUUAUGGUGCACACCAGAGUGCGGCCCGUCUCUUUGCACAAUCCCUUCGUUCUGUUGCUUGAGCCCUUUUUCCUGCCCUGCUUGCUCACGCUUUAGAUGCAGUUGUUUUGUCCCAGACGGACCAGUUGCAGACGGACUGGGGACAAACUGUAAUAACUACUUGAAAAACUCCAGUUACUGUACAUCAAUCUACACUCAGUGUAAGGAAGACUUCCUCCAUGCGAUAGUAGGUGCAGUGUUACUUGAAUGUCCCCGUUUCUUUCGUGUGUCCUCUGUGGCUCUAGCACAGGGCUGCUGGUGUUGUCAUGGUACCAUCCCAUAUUAUCCGAAGCCAGCCUUCAUUCAUUGCUUUGGACUAGAAUGUUCCUGCUCUGUGAUGGUAGUAGCUGUUCGGUUCGUUUUUGGGCACUGUUUUAUCAUUUUCUGUGGGACUGAUCUUGGUACUGUAUCUGCUGAAGAGCACCUGCCUCAGUCGAGGUCAAUAUUUAAGAGCUUUGCUUAGAUGACUUAUCAUGAGAGCAAAAAAGAUACACGUUCGUGUCAGGGAUUUUCAACUAGAAUAGAAACGCCAAUAACACCCACUACCCGAUAUUUAAUACAUAUCCCAAGAAAAUUAAUACUAUUAUUAUUAUUAUUAUUAUUAUUAUUAUUAUUAUUAUUAUUAUUAUUAUUAUUAUUAUUAUUAUUAUUAUUAUUAUUAUUAUUAUUAUUAUUAUUAUUAUUAUUAUGCGGCCGUCGAUUGUUCGCUUUAGUCACAAAUUUGUCUUUCCACUAACGGUGAUGUGUGUAUCAUGUCCUGCAUGAGGUGAACAACACACAGAGAACACCCCCUCACUCAGCAACGCCGCUGCUAUUCUCGCUGUGAGGGCAUGUAUGGAUGGUGCUAUGCAUUCUAUUACCAAGACAAACAUGCAUUUAUAACAGCAAUACAAUAACAAAAAAAAUGUUUCUUACACGCUUUUUAGUAAAAAAAAAGAUUCUAACUAUUUUGGAUGUCUGAGAGUCUGUGACUGUUGCGUCACACAGAAAACCCAAUUACAGGCUUUAUGGUUUGUUUUGACAUCAGGAGCCACGGCUGCUAGAGGUUUGCUGUCAAACAGUCCCCGAACAAACAGCCCAUAAUGCACAGAAACAGGAUCUAUGAUCAGUUUACUGAGCCGCUCAGCUGUGUGACAGGAAGUCAGAGAAGAGGCCUACACACUUUUUACCUCUUCAAUUUCAGAGAUCUAAAAAAAUGCCAGUAACUAAAAAUAUCAUGAAAUCAAGUAACUAUUGUGUUUUUACUUGUACUGUAACGUGAUUUAGGAAGAACACGCCAUGUGGUGGGAUUUUAAAGCAUUCCUCUGGCAGUCCAUGAUAAUAAAACCAAAACAUACAGUCUGUCUUUGGUUUCGAAAGAAACAAAAAGGAUGAAUUCAAACGCCAUAUUUACAUCUCUGCUGCUAAACCUGCUGCUAUAAUGUAUCUACAGAAAACUACCAAGAGCAAAAAAAAAACCUGCAUGGUUGAUGGAAGACUGCAUGAGCUUUGCCUUUCGAGUUGUGGAUCAACUAUAAUAGAGUUGCGUCAGUGAAAAUAAAGAAACCCUCGCGUCCAUCUGCACCGAGGCUUCAGGUUAAAGGCCCUGUUCAGACGUCGUUGGGAAACGUGUCCCCUGCUGGAUUUCGUAUAAAGCACUUUAGCGCCGACCCGUUCGGGUCGCGCUCGCUGGGCUCCGGACGUGGGCGAGGACUCUAAGGGCUAGUUUCUCAAGCUGUAACUCUGUUUUAGGACUGAAAAGCUCCGUCGAGCGACCGAACCCGUCUGGGUCUAGACUCUAGGGAUGCGGCGCCGUGGGAAACGCCUGUCGCGUCCCAGCGGGGCCCGCGCGCGCCGAGGGCCCGCUGGGCGGCGCCGAGCCCGGCAGAACGGGAGCAGAGGUGAAACCUUUUUUGUGUCGGACGUGCGGAUGGAUGAGUUUGUGGUUUCUGUCGGCGCACAUUGACGUGCGAGCAGGGAGGCGCUGGAGCGGAUCGCUCACAGGACUGUUGAACUCUUCUGCUCUCCCCUCCACCCACAGGCAAAAACUAUGAUUGUGUCACGAUACCCAGCCGCCAUGUUCAUGUUGUGUUCACCAAGGAUUGUGCUACAAUGUGUUCAGCUUGUCAGAUGAUGACAAAGGCAUGGUCUGUGAUCUAUGCAAGGGUUAUUUGUUGUUUUCCUAUACUUAUAUCACGUAUAAUUUCACCCUUCAUUACCUUCAAUAAAUUUUUAAGGAUC